AUGCGAGGUGGUCUGGGGUCGGAUUCAAAGAGCUCGUGCGACGGAAUCUGUCGUAACCCCGUCGUCCACAAUCAGCCCGUAGUGGUCAGCACCUUUGAAGGAGCUAUAGCCGGCAAGGGCGUUCUCAGGUGGGGUGGUGACUCUACCAUCCCUGAAACCACCAUUACUACCUUUGAAGGAGCUGCAACAAGUAAGGCCGUUGCCAGGCGGGUUGAUGACUGUCCCAUGCCUAAAACUGGCAUCAGUGCCUUCGAAGGAGUUACAACAACCAAUGACGUUGCUGGGCAGGCUGACUCUGUGACAUGUGGCAUGGCUUGGGAGACUGACAGUGGAGGCGCAUUGGAAACUGGCAUCGGAAUCCCUCAAGAUGCCGCAGAAAUGGAGCGGGAACCUUUGAUGUGCAUCGGAAAGCCUGUGCAGACGGCAUCAUGCGAUACCCGCAGAAAUGCUCAACGUGGCUUUGGCGUCACAAGUGGUAUGCCUUUGGUGUAA